CCGACGCGACUCUACAGCACGCGUUUUUUCGUUUCCGACUACCGCACACAUGGCAGAUACAGAGAAAAAAGAUUCUUCUAGCGCAUCGACAUCUACUGCAGCAAAGAAACCUCUUGUUGAGUUGAAAAAUGGAAAAGUCAUCUUCAAACAGAAGCCCAUAUCGUUUGAGAAGUCGUCAGAGGCGAUGCAAGAAAUUGUCAAGUUUCGCGAGAUGAUCGAACAGCGAAUUGAAAGGCAGGACCCCCCGCUUACUGCUAUUCCAGAUGAGCAUAAACCGCUGAUAGUGAAACUUGCGCAAGAGAGUGAUAAGGGAGUCACUCCGCUGGCGAAGCAUAUCCGCUCCGAACUUCUGCCAUCUUUUGACGAGGACGACGACUCUCGACGUGAAAGCAUAUCAGUUGCCUUGCCUCUUCUCGUGGUAGAGCAUGCCAUUCAGUCACUCAUGGUCAGGACCAAUUAUGGCUUGGACGGACCAGUAGGAUACAAACUCCCUUCUGUUGUGUGCGCUUGGCGAUGGGAGGUCAGAGAUGACCAUAGGCAUUGGCUGCCCAAGUCUGCCAAAGAGAAAGCCGAGACAAGGAUAGCUGAGCGUGUUCAGGCCAAGAUAGACCUGCUCGCAGCCUUCGAAAGCCUACCGCAGGAUGAACGGAAUGCUAUUCUCGACCCUAAAGGUACCAACAAGCUCCCUACUAAAGACAUCAAUCAGCCCACUCCACCAAGCAAUGCAACCGCCGAACCAGUUGAUGCAGCAGAGCUCAAGGACUCAUCGUCCCAGCGCGAUCCGAGUGCGAGUGCCAAUGAACCCGAAAACAUCGAAUCCGGCAGUGCAACUCCAAAAGCUCGACAGCGAAAAGCUGCAGAUUCAGAUAAGGCUGUAAAGGCCAAGGAGAAGGAAGAGAAGAAAGCAGCCAAGGCCGAGAAAGAGAAGAAGCAGAAGGCGACACAGGACAAAUCCCGAUCUCUUAUGGCUAACUUCUUCGGGAAGGCCAAGGUCCCUCCGCGCGAGUCACCUUCAAAACCCAUCUGCGGGUCUUCUAAUGGCGAAUCGGAUUUUCAGAAGACGUUUAAGCCUUUUGUCUUGAAGAAGGACGCAGAAAUGGCGCCCAUUAACCGGUUCUUAAAGCCUAGCAAACGAACUGGGAGAAAGCAGACCUCGGGUUUCAGCCAUGCAGACGCUAUCGUCAUCGAUGAUACCCAAGCCUCGGAGACGAAUAGCGAUGAUGUAUUCGUAUAUCGUACGCCAGCAUUCAACCAUGCCGAAGCUAAUGCGCAGGAGCGUCUCCAGGAUAUUAUACGGUCGUUGCGGCCACUUCAGCUCACACAACCUCAUGACCGAUCGAAAUCCUCUUUUAAAUCAUUCAGCGCAUGUAACACGAAAGAUAUAUAUUCCCAGCUCAAUGAUGCUGAGAUAGCUGGGGAUACAUCUCAGGUUCGAUACCUGUCGAACAUUCUUUGGGAUAGAAAGAGGCUUCCAGCGAAGGUCUUAAUUUUCCAUGAAGACGCUCGUCCUGGCUACUACGGUUCCUGGACAAGGAACUCGCGUAUCAUUGGUCCCAGAUCACCUUUCGCUCGUGAUCUGCUUGCCCGAGAUUACGGGUACGAUUCUGGAGAGGAAUGGGAAGAUGAAGGCACAGCGGAUGCGGACAACGUCGAUGACGAUGACGAUGAUGAAGGCGAAGGCGAGGAGGGUGAUUCUGAUCUGGAAAGCUGGCUAGUGGAUGAUGAUGAAAUUGAAGAAGUUGUUCCGGAUGACCGGGACUUGUCACCUUCACUCUUGGACAUACCUCUUCCCCCUCCCAAGAGAAAAGCAGAGCCUCUUGACAAGCAGCCUGAGAAGAAGCGGAAGGUCGUAAUCCCCCUCGUCCCCUAUACCAAAGGGCCUCUGUGGGAGUCGGUCAUAGGUCAAUGUGAAUAUGAUCCUUUCAAACCAUACCGCAUACAACUGUUUAAUGAUACGCCAUAUCAAGUCAACCCCUUCACUUUCAUCUCAAAAACUGCCGAAGAAAUUCAGCAAGCAAAUUAUGAGUCCAAGUUUGUGGUUCCUUCCCUACCCAAUCGGAUAUCAGGAAGCAACAGUGUUGCGGAAUCAUCGGCUGCUGCUGCUCAGGCUCCAGCGAACAAGCGUGUUACCCUAGCGUCCACGCCAAAGACCACAUUCCCCGAUGCACAUGUUCCUCUGCUCCUCAGCAAGAUCACGGCUUUAGCGACGGCAAACCUCACAUUUAUCGUGGAAAGCAUUCACCAGGAGCUUCGUGCGGACAAGGUGAAGAAGAAUGCUAUCGAGGCAAAGGUACGGGAGGUGGCAGAGAAGUCCAGGGAGAAGAAAAUAUGGGUUGUUAGCGACGGGCGACAACAACUUUAAUCGACGACUCUCUCCAUGGUACCUUGACCACCAUUUCAAGUAUUUGUAGUUUUAAUCACGUCGCUUUUAGGAGGAAGUAUUUAGAACCUCCUUCAUAUCUCAUACAGUAGAUUAGGGUGGUUCAAACGUUCAAGACCUGCAGCGUCAGCUGCGUGAUUAGUUCUUUGUAAAAAUACCAUGUAAACAGAAUUGGUUCAAGUGGCACUCC